CUUGAGAAAAUGGACUCGCUUGCCCUCGAAAUCGAACCUAAUCGUCUCUUUCUCUCUAAUCGCUUCCAUCGGCGAUCCCUCGAUCGAGAUUCGAGACCCCCAGCAACACCAACACCAACAAAUCGGGCGUGAAGUGAACUACGCAGAAAAGAAUGCAGAGAUGGUGCUCAAAGCUCCGAUUGCUCGGAGGAUUAUCUUCUUCAACGUUUCCUAAACCUCUUCAACAGCUUCUUUCCUCCUCCCAUCACCACCACCUCCACCACAGUCUCUUCCAUUCUGCCGCCUCAAAUCUCAGCAACAAGUCCCUAAUUACUCAUUCUAUGAUUUCUCCUCCCAAUUUUGGUUCCCUACUUCUAUCUUCAACAUUACAACAACUUACAGCAAGCUCCAAUCGGUCUUCUUCACUUCCUCUCUCUAUGAUGCAAGUGAGACAUCUUACUCUGAAGCAAAGGAAGAGGAAGUUAAAGAGUAGGCAGCCACUUACCCCUGUAGUCUCCAAGCUCAAGAAAAUCAAAAUGAAGUCUUAUUCGUCUUUUAAGGGACGAUUUAGGACUAUGAAAGAUGGGCAGAUUAGGAGGUGGAAGGAAGGCAAACGACAUAAUGCUCAUCUAAAGUCAAAGAUUGCAAAACGAAGAGGUAGACUACCUGCCCUAGUCCCAGCAGCAUAUGCCAAAGUCAUGAAGAAGCUCAACUUCUGUGGUUAGCUUUCUUUCUUUUUUUUUUUUUUU